CUGAUUUUCACAAUUUUUACGGUUGGCUUGGCCUUUGCCGAUAUAAUUUAUUUCGCGUAAUGCCGCACUAUAAAAUCUAUUAAAAAUUCAUAAAUCAUCUACAGUAAUCGUCUUUUUAAUGAAAUUUGUGAAACUCGUAAGAGUUUAUUCUAGUUGUGGAAAUAGUUUCAAACCGAAGCUAUACGUUUGGUAGGUUUUUUGUAGGUAGGUACUGUUGUGAAAAAGUAGUGAAAAUUUAAAAUUGGCGAAAUGGAUUUCAAAAUGCAUGAAUACACACAUAUACUCGUUGGAAAAGUGACUCCAGCACUUCGUUUGACGGAUAGAGCUGAUUUAAACGAUGCUCGACGCCAACACGAUUGUUUCCUUCGGCUCCUCGGAGAGUUGAAUGUGGAAGUACUGGAAUUAGAAUUGGGUCACAGUUUUCCUGAUAAUAUAUUCCUUGAAGAUAUAGCCAUCAUUUGUCAUGGUAUAGCAUUGUUGCCAAAGCCAGCUUCAACCACAGCGGAAAUUAAGAUAAAAGCUAUAAGAGAAACUUUGAGUAAACAACUUGGUCAGACAAUAGUUGAGGUGAAUGAUCCUGAUGCCAAGCUCUUAGGAUCCGAUGUGCUUUUUACUGGCCGGGAAUUCUUUGUUGGUAUAUGUGAGACGACUAAUGAGACAGGUGCUAGUGCAGUUGCUGAAGCAUUCCCAGAAUAUCCCUGCACACCUAUUAAGAUAUCAAAAGGAUCCCAACAUCUGAAGAAGUACAUAACUGUAGCUGGGCCAGAUAUACUUUGUGUUGGAGGAAGCAAGGAAGCUAAAGAGAUACUGAAGAGAAUGGAGCGUGAGGCAACAUUCUCAUACCAGACAGUAUCCGUCCCUGAAGAUGAUGCUGCUAACUGUCUAUACAUAAAUGGAACGCUUAUACAUAGAGCAAUUGAAGAGAUUCCUGAUUCAUUCAAAGUGUUUUGUGAGAAAAUUGAUUUCGCUCGAAGAUCGAUCUGCUUCUCAGAACUGGCAAAAAUCUCUACGGGUUUGAGCUCCUGCUGUCAAUUGGUAAGGAAAAGUUAAAUUGACAAAGUAAUACAUUAUGGAAUACCCAAUUUGAACUGGUGGGUAUCAGAAAAGGCAAAAGCACCAAGCCAAUGUGUUCAAAAAUAAAAAUCAAUGCUUAUUUAUUGUUAUAUUAGUAAUGCCUGAUAAAUUUAUAUUAUACAUACAUAGGUUCCACCUUACUUAUUACCCUUUUAAUGUAUGUGACCCUACAUGCAAGACUUAUUUAUGGUUGUCUUAAAAAUGAUAUGAUACAUAAUUCAAAUAUUAUCAUUGUCUGUUUCAAACUAAUUUGAUAAAAGUAGAAGUUGGCUAUUUAUAAAUAACAAAUAAUAACAAUAAUAAUUUUAUUUGUUAUUAGAAAUUACAAUUUAUUAAAAUAUGUAAGGACCCUUUUAUGUAAUUUAUAACUAUGAACGAAUUGUUAAAAUAAUGCGGAUAAAUAUGUAUACAGUACAGUACAGUGGCAAUAAGUUUGACUCUUUUUAUUAACUUUUAUUUAAUUGAUUUUAAACUGACUGUGCAGGGUAAUAAUUUUAUCUGUUUGAGGUUGUGUCAUUUCAAAGUUGUUACGUACAAUAGGUUGCUUUUUUAAUAAAAUAUCUGUAUUUUAUUUAUUGGUUAAAGUUGAUACAGUGGUUAAUGUGCUGGUAUCCUCUGGAUGCCAUUAUAAUGCGUGUUUAAGUAAAAAUGCAAAUUAUCUUUCCAAUUUAUCGAUUUGUAAUUUAAAGUGCUAAUGCAUAUUCAAUGUGUCUUUUUAUAUCAUUUUCUGCACAAGGAAUGCUUUGAGCAAUAUCAUUAAUUUAACUAUGUAAUAUUGCGUGUUGUUUUUUCUUUUUACUAUUAUUGGAGCAAUACUGCUGCUUGCGUAUUAAAUUAUAAUAACAUUGCAUCAUUGUGUGCUUUUCAUGCAUACAACAUACAACAAGAAAUUCGAUUAAUUACGAAGAUGAAUAUCUUCAAAACCGUUUACCUCAACAUUUUUAAUGCUUUAGUAUAUUUAGUACAAACGAUUGUUUUAAAACAUGAAAGUACAUAGAUGUGAAACAUUUAGCAUUAAUUUUAUGUUAGUUUUAAUUCUGUUUCGAGCACAAAUAUUUAUUCUUUAUAAUAAGUAUUACCUUCCAUUAAUACCUCAUGGUCCCAUUCCUCAAAGGCCGCGUUGUUUGGUAGUUACUUUAAUUUGACUUUUAGCCAAUGUCACAUCAAAUACAUAGUAGAAAGUGUCAAAUAUUGGCAAAUGUUUAUUUUUUCUGUAAUGCUAUUUUAACUAUAGUCAGAUUUAACUAUGCAUCAAACAACGUGGCCUAAGUCUGUAAGACUGAUUCUGCAUGUUCCCUAAUUUUAUAGUAUUAUAUACUUAUGGGUGUGCAUUUUUCGAACCAUUCCAGUGAAACUAAUCUCUUGUGUGUUGCGUCACAAAUUUGUGUAUUUUUCGUUUCAUCAAAUUAUAGUAUUAGUAGCUUUAUGCUUUUAGAAUAUAAAUAAAAUGAUUUUAGCAAUUUGUGAAUUCCUUAAGGAUUGUGGUCAAAUUAAAUUUUACUUUAUAAUUAUUAUGUAGUUGAUAAAAAUCAUUCCUUUUAC